AUGGAUGUUGAUAUUAAAAAGGAAGAAGAGAGUGAGAAAAAUUACAAUGUUUGGAAUUUAUGCUGUUUUUCAGGUGCCUUUGGUCAAGGAGAAAAGAUUAAUUGUGGUGAGUUCCGUAACCCCAAUAUCUUCUGUACUCGGGAAUCUGACCCACUCUGUGGCUCUGAUGGUCUCACAUACGGAAAUAAAUGUGCCUUCUGCAAGGCAUUGGCGAAAAGUUCUGGGAAGAUCAACCUAAAGCACCGUGGGAAAUGCUGA